GAAUUUUCUUGGUUGUCUGUGACAGUCAUUCGUUCGGUGCCGGCCGAACAACAUCUCGCAAACGUACAGCGAUGGCGAAAUUUUCGCAACUUCCUUCUCAAUUGGCAGCAGUUUUAGUCUUGCUGCAGCUAUGGCUGAUGCUGGCAAGUGCUUCACCGACAUGGGUCGUACGACGUGACGUGAAAAGCGCAACUGAAACUAAUCCACAAGAGGUACAAGAUGUCCAAAACACUCAACCGCGAAUUUAUUUUAUGGACAUUGUGUCCGACAUUCGGCUUCGUUACGCUUCGACCAAAGUCACGUCAAAAGUUUCCAAUCCGUCCAGAAAAGCUCAGGAAGCCACUUUCCAUAUUGUUCUGCCGGAAACGGCAUUCAUUUCCGGCUUCUUAAUGGAAAUUGACGGGAAAGAGUACAGAGCCAGUGUCAAAGAAAAGGAGAAAGCUCAAGAAGAAUAUCAGAGCGCCGUCGAUGCGGGACAGUCUGCCGCUCAAGUCACCGCAAAUGCUCGUAAUGCCAAUCAAUUCACCGUGUCAGUUAACAUUGAACCUGAGCAGAAAAUAUUUUUCAAUUUGACGUACGAGGAGUUGCUGUCUCGACGCAAAGGAAUUUACGAACAUGCAAUUCACGUCACUCCGGGCUCAGUUGUACCGAAAAUGAGCGUUCGUGUCAACAUAUUCGAGACACUUCCCAUCAACAAAAUCGCCGUCCCUCAAUUGCGCGGAAAUGACGUCGAACAAGAUCACAAUUCGACUGAGAACGAGAUAGCCAAAAUCAUCCGCACAAACGAAACCACCGUCGUGAGUGUCGUUUACGAGCCGACAGAGGCCGAGCAAAUUAAAAUCUCCAAGGAUGGACUCCAGGGGCAGUUUGUCGUGCAAUAUGACGUCGAUCGAUCAUCCAUUGAAAAAAAAGGAGGAGAAAUCCACGUGGUGGACGGAUAUUUUGUCCAUUUCUUUGUCCCGGCUGAUUUGCCGACGCUUCGCAAACACGUCAUCUUUGUGCUGGACACGAGUGGCUCCAUGGUCGGAACAAGAAUUGAGCAAACCAAACAAGCCAUGAAUUCCAUUUUAGAUCAACUUAGAAAGGACGAGGAUAUUUUCAGUGUUGUCGAAUUUUCAUCGGCUGUCACGGAAUGGGAUUUGAGGAAACCUUACAAGGGACCUGAUCCAUAUUAUUAUAUGAACUCUCCGCCAGAAGACGCAACAGCUGUGCCACAAAAUAAUGAAUCUGAAGUGAAAUUCGGUCCUUAUGACGACAUUUUGGCGUAUCCCGUAACGGAACAAUCCGUCAAACGAGCCAAAGAAUUUGUGGCCGCAAUGGAAGUCACUUCUUCGACCAACAUCAACGAUGCCCUUUUGUUGGCCCUUAAAAACAGCCAGUCGGUUCAAUCACGAGUCCGUCUCACGCCCAUCAUCAUCUUCCUGACUGACGGUGAACCGACGGCGAGCGUCACUGACACAACGGAAAUUCUGAAAAAUGUCCGCAAAGGCAACAGCGACGAUGUCGUCAGCAUUUUCUGUUUGGCCUUUGGUACGGGCACCGAUUACCAAUUUCUGACGAAAAUUUCUAGUCAAAAUCGCGGAUUCUCACGGAAAAUCUACGAAGCUGCCGACGCCACCCUCCAGCUGAAAGGAUUUUUCGACGAAGUGGCCUCACCGCUGCUCAGCAAUGUCAACUUUGUUUACAACAACAACGGGCCGGUUAAACAUGACGUCACCGAGACUAACGUGCCAAACUUCUUUAGAGGCACUGAAUUCGUGGUGGCUGGACGGAUUGAUCCCAAAUUCAACCUGAGUGCAUCCAUCAGUGGAACCGGAGUCAGUGGUUCCUUUUUGUUUCCCAAUAUUAGUCCCAUCAUGAGGAUUUGUGGCCCACGGGUUACAACAUUUGGCUGUCCCGACAUCUUAGUACCAGCUGCCCCUAAUGUCACGGUUGUUACGAAGCCGAAAAAGAGUUUUUCAUUGGAAAAGAUUUGGGCGUACAUGACGAUCCAAGACAUGUUGAGGAAACGCCAAAUUAUCGACGAUGCCAAGAGAAUCGUCGAAAUUAACCAAAAGGCUCUGAAUCUCUCCCUUACGUAUGAUUUUGUUACACCUCUGACGUCACUUGUGGUUGUGAAACCCAAUAGCACAGCGACUGCGGCUGAUCUCCGUCCUGCGGACGCUAACGAUGUUGCUGCGGUUCAGUUUCAGUCCUUGACAGGUGUCAGUUUGAAGCGACCUUCUAGCUUUUUAGCUAGUCCUUAUGGUGGCGUUCGUGUUUCUGCUGGACCUCAUAGUUCAUCAGCUAUACCCAUACAUAUGCCACAUUCUUUGUCGACAAAGAAUGUUGCUUCAGUUCCCCGCACAACGACGCGGGGACCAUUGCCCACUUCUACCAUCCAGCCCGGAACAACUGUUACAACAACACAAAUCGUUGCGGAAGCUGUAACUGAAGUAGCUCAGGGUGAAUCCGUACCAUUUUCUCCUAAAGAAUGGAUCCAGCAGUUUGACCGUAAUCAGACUCAUGUUAAAGUCCCAUUCGGCAACCACAGCCGAGAACUUUUAUGGCAAAAGGAGAAUCAAUCCGAGUCUUCCGAUAACGAUAAGUGGUGCAAGACUCCUUCCGCUCACGUUGUUUGCAAGUCAAUUUGGGAGUGCUCCCAUUACGUGCGAGGUAUCUCUACUUUGUAUAACACGUUGGAGGUGGACGCCCAAUCCGCUUGCAUUAUUGAUGACAAAUAUGUCGGUAUCUGCUGUGAUGACACCAGCCCAGAACCCCUCCCAGUGGUCCUGAAGAUACAACCAGCACGACUGGAUUCGGUCCGAAAUUGAGUUAGAAGUCGUUGCGGUUUCAUUUAUGAUGGCGAAUUGAUUGUAUUAUUGUUGUAAACGCUUUACUAAUAGUAUCGUAUGCAAUACAGAAAUGGAAAAUCA